AUGGAAAAAGACAACUUACAGCAGUUACAAGUGGAGAACAGUAGACCUUCCAAAAAGAUUAUUCCCAAAAGGAUCAUCCAUUUUGUUGAUAGAGACGUCAUGGAAGAAUAUAGCACAGAGGAAGAGGAGGAGGAAGAAAAAGAGCAAGAGAGAAUGAAUUCAACACUUGACCUUUCUAAACUUCCAUGGAGGUCCUAUCUAUGGUUUUGGGCAGGGCGAAUAGCAAGCACCUCAUUUUCUAUGUGUGAAUUCCUUGGUGGAAGAUUUGCUAUCUUCUUUGGUCUCGAUCAACCCAAAUAUCAGUAUGUGUUAAAUGAGUACUAUAGAAUCCAAAAUAAGGAAAGUGACAAGGAAAUUGAAAGGAAUGUUGCAAAGGCCCUGUCAGCUGAGGUUCUUAAUGAAAAAUGUCACCUGCCCACGGGGGGCCAAAAGUAUGGAACCCAACAACAGAACAGUACAGAGGGCCCCUGCAAUGGAACACCUCAUCCAGGAAAGGCCUGGUAG